UAAUGGUAUGGAAAAGCCCAAAAAGAUGAAGAGGAAGAGGGAAGAAGGAUAUUUUCAAAGUGAAAAAAGGAUCCAAAGUGACAAGAAAAGGCAGCGAGUUGACAUAGCAAACACAGCAAAAACAUUGAAGGAAAAUAAUCACACAGAGAGUGACCUAAGGUCAGAAGCCAAAAAGCAUGAGUUAAAGAAGUCACAUGGGGAGAAUAAGACGGAAUCAAAAACACAGACAUCUUCAAAAAGAAAAAAAGAUAGAAAAAAACGAAAUAUGAAAGUUUUAAAGAAAAAAAGACAGAUGAACAAUGUGAAAGGAAAAGAUAAAGGAGAGACAGAAAAAAACAAUACAAGUGUUCAUUUAAAGACAGACAAAAAACCUACUCUAAUUCCAAGUCGUCCAGAAGAUUUCUCUUCUAAUUGGGAACAAUUGAAACAGAAAAUUUUACCAGUGGCGAAACCAAAAAAACAAAACUCAAGAAAAAAGGAAGUGAAAAUUGAACCAGAAAAACCACCAGAUAUAUGGUUUGAUGAUGUGGAUGAGUCACUACUAGAUGUUCAACCAAAACGGCCUGUUGUGAAGACUAAAAAACAAGAUGCCAGUGUGUUGGUGAAGGAGGGCAUUUCCACUGGUUUGACCAAGGCAGUAGCUCUAGACUGCGAGUUUGUUGGUGUGGGCAGUAACAGUAAACAGGACAUGCUGGCCAGAGUCUCACUGGUCAAUCAUUUUGGCCAUUGUAUCUAUGACACGUUUGUAAAACCCCAGGAACAAGUGACAGAUUAUAGAACCUGGGUCAGUGGUGUUCGAGAGGAGGACAUGCUAAAAGGUGUUGAAUUCUCAGAAGCCUGUAAAAACCUAGCAGAAAUGAUAAAAGGCAGAAUAUUGGUGGGACAUGCAAUAAAGAAUGAUUUAAAGGUACUUUAUCUAAGUCACCCUAAAAAGCUGAUUCGUGACACAUCCAAGUAUAAACCUUUUAGAGAAAUGUUUUGUGGUAAGACUCCAUCACUUAAGAAGUUGACGGCCAAGGUUCUGGAUGUGGCAGUACAGGAAGGAGAACAUAGCUCGAUUCAGGAUGCACAAGCUACCAUGAGGCUUUAUACUAUGUACAAGCAGAAGUGGGAAAAAGACUUAGCACUCAAAAAUCCAAGGCGGCAGAAAAUGCCGAAAACUCUCCAACAAGCUGGGAAAACGAAAGUUACAGAACCACACACUGGACCAUCUGAUGGAAAUUCUGCAUGAAACAAUUACAAUAUAAC